AUGUAAAUUAAGUUAAUCUAUGAUAUAGAUCCUUAAGAAUAUGUUUUAAUUGAAUUCCAAGGUGAUUUAGAAAACGAUUCUGAGGAAAGCUUAUAAUGUGUUCCUAUAGGAAGUUUAGAAUAAACAGAAGAUAACAAAAUUUUUUUUAAUUAAAGACCAACUCCUAUAUUAGAAAGAGCAUUAAAAAAAGCAAAAAAAUAUUGA